AUGGCCAAUGUGUUCAACACCUUCAGUUUUAACAAAUGGGCCGAUUCUAAAAAGGAAGAGGAACUCGACAAAGAAAGCAAAGCAAGAAGAACGGAGCAGAUAAAACGUUUAAAAGAACGUUUACGCAAAGAACGAGAAUUACGCGAAAAUGGCAUGGGAAACGGGGAUCUGGAUUUGGAAGCUCUUAUUGAAGCUUUGCAACGUGGGCAGGAAAUAAAUGCUGUCCCUGUUGACGAAGAACCAAGAGAGCAUCAUCCGACCAGCUAUGGAGCUAUGGACGACAACGACAUCCUUGAAGAAAUUCGUAUUUUUCAACAAAAUCAAUAUUUCAAUCCUACGCCCGUAACAAGUGCUGAACCAGAGCUACAGCCAUGGAUGUAUAAUCGACGAAUCAACGAUCUAGACAACGAGAAUCCGACCAAAAAUAAUGGUAACGGCUGGAUGUACAAUCGACGAAUCAAUGAUCUCCACAAUAAGAAACAGAACAAAAACGACAAAAACAAUGACAGCGCUCCUCCUGUGGAAAGGCCAACAACAGUGACAAAACCUCACUUUCAAGAUGCUAGUCGGGCUGCGUUCAUCUACAAUCGCAUUGUUUCCAAGGAACCAAAAUGA